AUGGCAAAUCACACAACUAUCACUGAGUUUGUCCUGCUAGGGCUCUCGGAUGCCUGUGAACUGCAGAUGCUCAUCUUCCUGGGGCUCCUCCUGACCUACCUCCUCACUCUACUGGGGAAUCUCCUCAUCAUCGUAAUCACCCUCAUGGACAGGCGCCUCCACACUCCCAUGUACUACUUCCUCCGCAACUUUGCUGUCCUAGAGAUCUGGUUCACCUCAGUCAUCUUCCCCAAAAUGCUGACCAACAUUGUGACUGGAUACAAGACUAUCUCCCUCCCAGGCUGUUUCCUACAAAGUUUUCUUUAUUUCUUCCUGGGCACCACAGAGUUCCUCCUACUGGCAGUGAUGUCCUUUGACAGGUAUGUGGCCAUAUGUAACCCCUUGCGUUAUGUCACCAUCAUGAGCAAAAGAGUCUGUGUCCAGCUAGUUCUUUGUUCAUGGAUGGCAGGAUUCCUUCUUAUCAUCAUUCCAGUUUUCAUCAUAUUUCAGCAGCCAUUCUGUGGCCCCAAUAUCAUUAAUCAUUUCUUCUGUGACAACUUUCCACUCCUGGAACUCAUAUGUGCAGACACGAGUCUGAUCGAACUUCUGGGUUUUAUUGUGGCCAACUUCAGCUUACUGGGCACUCUGUCUGUGACAGCCACCUGCUAUGGCCACAUCCUCCACAUCAUCCUGCGCAUCCCCUCAGUCAAAGAGAGGCAGAAAGCCUUCUCAACCUGUUCCUCCCACAUCAUUGUAGUAUCUCUCUCCUAUGGCAGCUGCAUCCUCAUGUAUAUCCGGUCUGGCAAGGGUGGCCAGGGAGAGGACAAAAACAAGAUGGUGGCCUUGCUCAAUACUGUGGUGACCCCAAUGCUUAACCCCUUCAUCUAUACCCUGAGGAACAAACAGGUGAAGCAGGUGUUUAGUGAGAAAAUUAGCAAGAUCCUCUCAUAA